UAUCGCAGGCAAGUGCACCGAAUGUGGUUUUACCUCAUAAUACAAAGCAAGAGAUUAGCUUCCGACGCAUGACGGUUUAUAUGGCUAUAAAAUGCCGACGAAACCUAUAAACAACUUUCAGUGGCCCAAAAUAAUCACGAUGAUUACGCGAAUUACUGCUUUCGCGGGGGUGCUGACUUUAGCUGCUGCCCUUCCCCUGGAGCAAUCAUGGCAGUUAGUGCCCCACACGGAUGGUCAUCUGCACCUGGUAAAUAUCAACCCUUACAAUCUGCCGGAUCCAGAUCCGUCCGUGCCAGAGCGUCGAUUUGUACCGGAAAGCGAUAUGUUGUUUCUACUGUUCACCAGAAGUAAUCCAACUGACGCACAGUUUUUGGAAAUCGGAAAUCCCUUGUCGAUCGCCAGCUCCAAUUUCGACCCAGCACGUCCAACACGUUUUCUAAUUCAUGGCUGGGGAGGAAGCGGAACCGGCGGAACAAACUCGAGAAUGCGUAAUAGUUUACUCGCCGCUGGAGAUUUCAACGUGAUUGCCGUGGAUUGGAGUGUAGGAGGUGGAAGCUCAAAUUACGUGUCCGCUAGAAAUGAAGUUGGUCCUGCUGGAACCGGUGUUGGGCUGAUGAUUGACGAUUUGAUCGCGUACGGUGGGGUUGAUGUGAACGAUAUCUACGUUAUUGGAUUCAGUCUGGGUGGUCAUGUAGCAGGAAAUGCGGGAAAGCGUCAUGGAGGAAGAAUUAACACGAUCAUGGCUUUGGACCCAGCCGGCCCGCUGUUUUCGGCUGGACAAGCAGAUGCGGUUUCUCCCGAGGAUGGCCAAUACGUGGAAACGAUAAUGACAAACGCUGGGUUGCUGGGGAAUAGUGUACCGCUGGGUCAGGCGAAUUUCUAUCCGAAUGGGGGCAGAACUCAACCCGGAUGUGGCAUCGAUGUGAGUUGGAACUGUGCACAUAGUCGAGCGCCUCUGUUCUAUGGUGAAUCUGUUGGUACGUCCGUUCCGUUCCGUUCUACCAGGUGUUCUAGCCUGGACGAGGUACUGGAAGGUACGUGUACACCCAGUGGAGCCAACGCAAACAUGGGCGGUGAACCAUCCAACCAAGGCCGUGGGGUUAGCGGAAUCUACUUCUUGACGACUAAUGAGGAGGCACCAUUUGCGCAGGGUUGAUUGGGACGAUCAUUUGGAGCAAUAAAACAGGAUAUGAACGAAUUUUGUCGCGUUUGAGUUAUAAUGUUACGUAUCAAUGCUUAUAAAG